AUGGGUUAUUGUUCACAGGUAGCGUUGGCCGUUGCCAACGGAAGGUUAUACGCUGUUGGUGGGUAUCGCGGCUCUACCCAUCUGGACACCGUUGAAGUUUUUGAUCCAGAGGCAAAUCAGUGGAUAAUUCAUAGCCGCAUGAAGACUACGAAGUCAGCUGGUGUGGGUGUUCUUCGGAUGUCGCAGCAAUCUCAUCAAUAG